AUGUUCAGGUCAACAUCCACCGUUCUCGCCAGAGGACGCUUUUUGAUCCCAUCGACCCCUCUCUGCUGUGUCUCUCCUUCAGCCACGUUUGGUGCCCCUCGACCGUCUGCACCCGCCCGUUUUGUGUCGUCGUCACUGUCGGCCAAUCCAAAGAGAGCUACCCCGCGUCGACUGCCCAUUCGCCCGUCACCAGCUGUCGCUCUCACGAGCUUCCGAUCUUGCUCUCACGCCUCGCACCAGAGGAGACGAGCAGCCAUGACGGACAGAGACAUUCUCCCUGACACUUUCAAGCCGGUCCACUACGACCUGGUGAUUACGGACCUGGACUUCACGACCUGGUCCUACAAGGGCACCGUCACCAUUGAAGGUCAACUCACCAAGCCCACCACCGAGAUUGUCCUCAACACUCUCGAGCUCAAGCUUCUCAACUCCAAGGUUGAAAUUAGCCAGAGCAAGAGUGAUCAGUCAUGGGAGUCCAGCAACUUCACCGAGGACACCAAGUCCCAGCGGUCCACCAUCACCUUUGCCGAGCAGUUGCCGGCGUCCCCAAAGGCCUCGCUGACCGUCGAGUUCACCGGCGAGCUCAACCACGACAUGGCUGGCUUUUACCGCAGCCAGUACAAGCCCGUUGCUCCCCCGGCCGCCAGUGUUCCCCACGAUGAUGAGUUUUACUACAUGCUCAGCACUCAAUUCGAGUCUUGUGAUGCCCGCCGCGCUUUCCCCUGCUUUGACGAGCCCAACCUCAAGGCGACCUUUGACUUCGCCAUCGAGAUUCCCGACGACCAAGUGGCCCUGUCCAACAUGCCUGUUAAGGAGACCAAGCCGACCACCCAAGGAAAGAAGCUUGUUUCCUUCGAGCGCAGUCCCAUCAUGAGCACCUACUUGUUGGCCUGGGCUGUUGGCGAUUUUGAACACAUUGAAGCUUUUACCGACAGAGAGUACAAUGGAAAGAAGAUUCCUGUUCGUGUGUACACCACUCGCGGUCUAAAGGAGCAAGGUCAAUGGGCCCUUCAGCACGCCCCCAAGAUCAUUGACUACUUUUCCGAGCAGUUUGAGAUUGACUAUCCACUUCCAAAGAGCGACAUUCUCGCCGUACACGAGUUUACCCACGGAGCCAUGGAGAACUGGGGUCUGGUUACUUACCGCAUGACAGCCAUCCUUUUUGACGAGAAGCUGUCCGAGGCUCGCUUCAGGAACCGCAUCGCUUAUGUCGUUGCCCACGAGCUCGCCCAUCAGUGGUUUGGCAACCUCGUCACCAUGGACUGGUGGGACGAGUUGUGGCUCAACGAGGGCUUUGCCACUUGGGCCGGUUGGUUGGCAACCGACCAUCUUCACCCUGACUGGGAUGUGUGGCCGCAAUUCAUCAAUGAGGGGAUGGACCAAGCCUUUUCCCUGGAUGCCGUUCGCUCUUCCCACCCUAUUCAGGUUGAGGUCCGGGACGCGCUGGAUGUGAACCAAAUUUUUGACAAGAUCAGUUAUCUGAAGGGCUGCUCCAUGAUCCGCAUGUUGGCGUCCCACCUCGGCGUCAAGACUUUCCUCAAGGGUAUUGCCAUCUAUCUCAAGAAGCAUCAGUACAGCAACGCCAAGACAGAGGCUCUGUGGGCCGCUCUGAGCGAAGCAUCCGGCACCGAUGUCCACACUCUGAUGCAGAAUUGGAUUGAAAAAGUCGGCUUCCCUGUCCUGACGGUCACCGAGGAAGACCAAAGGAUUUCUGUGAAGCAGUCCCGUUUCUUGUCUACGGGUGAUGUCAAGCCCGAGGACGACCAGACCACCUGGUGGGUGCCACUUUCCCUCAAGGGAAAGACGGGAUCCAAGGGAAUCGAGCCGCUGGCGCUCACCACCAAGGAGUCUACCAUUGAUGGUGUCAGCAACGACUUUUAUCAGCUCAACGCAGGCGCUACUGGUUUUUACCGUGUCAACUACCCCGAGUCCCGGCUCAAGCGUCUCGGCACCCAGCUCGAUCAUCUCACCACCGAGGACAAGAUCUUUAUCACUGGAUCUGCCGCCGACCUUGCAUUUUCAGGCCAUGCCACCACAGCUGCUCUCCUGUCCUUUGUGCAAGGCUUAAAGCAGGAGACUCACUACCGCGUGCUCAGCCAGGCUUUGGACUCUCUCGCAACCAUCAAGUCCAUCUUUGGUGAUGACGAGCAAGUCAAGGCUGGCUUGGAAAAGCUCACCCUUGAGGUCAUUGACAACGCCCUCAAGACGGUGGGAUGGGAAGCCAAGGAGGGCGAGGACUUCAACACUGGUCUGCUUCGCAAGAGGUUGCUUCUUACGGCGGUGUCUAACUCGCAUGAAGAAAUUCGCAAGGGUGCUUUUGAAAGGUGGUCAGCAUACCAGGCCAACCCCGAGCAGUCGCCCAUCCCAGCCAACCUCCGUGCGCCCGUGUACCACUCCGCCAUCAUCACCGAACCGGCCAAUGCUGUGGCUGCGCUGAAGAAGGAGUGGUACACUACCCCAGCUAUUGACGGCAAAGAAAUCUCCCUCCAAGCUCUCGGCCGCACCACAGACGUCGAGGUCAUCAAGAAGGUCCUGCUGCCCUUCCUUUUCAACUCUUCUCCUCCGGCAGCAGCGGCCGAUUCGAUCCCCGGCGCCGAUAUGCACAUUCUCUCUGGCAUGUUUGCUGGCAACCGCGCGGCCAGGCCGCUGAUGUGGGCGUACAUUCGUGACAACUGGGAUGAGUUUACCGGCAAGUUGGCGGGCAACCCUAUUCUUGUGGACCGCAUGAUCAACGUGAGCUUGCCCAAGUUUAACGAUCUUGAGACGCUUAAGGAGAUUGAGGCGUUCUUUGCUGGCAAGGACACCAAGGGCUUUGACCGGACACUGGAGCAGGUCAAGGACAAGAUUCGCGGACGCGCGGCAUACAAGACGAGGGACGCCGAGGGUGUCAAGCAGUGGCUUGUCACCAACGGGUAUGCUUAAAGGUGUACGAUGGUUGGUAGAUGCGGAUUACAAAGGGUUUGAGAUCCACUUUUGUACAUAGUUAUCUUGAAUCCAACUAGGUAUAGAAAGAGUCCAAUUAAUAGCCGCCUCGUUAUCAGGCUCUCUCUCUACCUGACCUGGGUUGCCCACGACAAAGCGCAUUCGCCGAGUGCGUGAAUCAAGCUGUUCUAUCCUGCUCAAGAUCGAGUCGCUCGCAAGGUUGUCCGAUACCGGCCUCGAGGAGCACACGCAUCUCGAUAUUCAAAGGGGCCCCCACGAGCUCAAACUUGUUGGCUCAACUCAGCAUGUAGGUGUGGUUUUGAAUGUGACAGUGGUUAAAUAUUGGCUGAGCAGAGAUGGCUUUAUC